AUGGCGCCGAGCGAGCCUAUCAUGCCCGCCGCGAUAGCACCCGAACACGAUCGCCAUGCGAGGAGGUCCUUCUCGAGCGCGGAUCGGCUGAGCGCAUCCGUUGCGUCUACCACGAGGUCGAGGUCGACGGUGCGCUCAUCGGGGCUGCAGGCGAAGCUGGGGCUGGCUGGAGUUGCGAGACGGACACUAGGAAUAUCUUUGUUGCUGGUGACGGUGUGCCUAUGGACGGUGUCCAACUUUCUUGCUUCGUACAUCUUCUCCGAUCAUUCUUACGACAAGGCCUUCUUCGUGGUGUAUAUGAACACCUCGGUGUUCGCGGUUUCGUUAAUACCAAUGCUGAUCAAGUUUCUCUGGCGGCACGGCAUUGAGGGACUACGGCGAGAGGCGAUGGUGGUAUGGAACGAGCAAAAACACGGCAAGCCAGGACUGAAGAUGGAGGGCGACGAGGAGGACGCCGUGGCUGGCGAACGAUUGCUCGUCGACGACGAACCGAGCUUGGAACGAGAGGGCUACGAGCUCAAGGUCGAGCAGCUGACGUUCCGGGAGACGGCCAUAAUCAGCCUCGAGUUCUCCCUGUUGUGGUUCUUCGCCAACUACUUCGCCUCGGCGUGCCUGGAGUACACCAGCGUGGGGAGCGUGACGAUUCUCAACUCGACGAGCAGCGUGUGGACGCUCAUAUUCUGCGCGCUGAUGAAGGUCGAGGGGUUCACGCUGCGCAAGUUCAUCGGUGUGCUGGCGUCGCUGACGGGCAUCGUGCUCAUCUCGUCCGUGGACCUCUCCGGGUCGAGCGACGAGAACCGCGGGUCGUUCCCGCAUAAGACCACGGCGCAGAUCGCGAUCGGGGACUUCAUGGCUCUGGUGAGCGCCCUCGUGUACGGUCUCUACGUGACUGUGAUGAAGCACCGGGUGGGCAACGAGGACCGGGUGAACAUGCCGCUGUUCUUUGGCCUGGUGGGCCUGUUCAACCUUGUGUGCCUCUGGCCGGUGUUUUUCAUCCUGCACUUCACUGGGCUUGAGCCGUUUGAACUGCCUCCCACGGGCAAGAUCUGGGCCAUUGUCAUCGGAAACUCGCUAUCUUCCUUCAUAAGCGACAUGUCCUGGGCGUACGCCAUGCUGCUCACCACGCCGUUAGUAGUGACAGUGGGCUUGUCACUGACGAUUCCCUUGUCACUCAUCGGCGAGAUGAUUCAAUACUCGCAAUACUCCAGCUGGGUAUACUGGGUAGGCGCGGCGGUUGUGCUCAUUUCGUUCUUGUUCAUCAAUCACGAAAGUCACGAAGACGAGUCGGACGGCAAGCCCUCCGAGGCAGGAUCCCGGGCAGCUCAUUUAUAG